CAUUUAGCCCAAAUGCAAAUGGCUUCAGCAAUAUGACACAGACAUGAAAGCUGGUGCCCGCGGCGGCAGUUUGCUUGCUUUUCGAUUGCCCAGCUCGUCUUUUCGCUGACCACCCAACGAAGGAUUACGCAGACACCUAUUUACCUACCCACGCACAAUAUCAAUACCAAAGCGCGCUAUGCUCAGUCGCGCGCAAAGCCUGCGGCUAUGGGCGUCCCCUUUGGCGGGAGCGGCCACGUCGCAGCGCCAGGGACUAGCUGGGCUCCUGGCGGCUCCUGGCCUGCCCGACCCGGCCGCAGCCGGCCAUCCCUCUCCCACCCCUGCACUUUCACCCGCCUUUUCUCUUUCCCCCAGCCCAUUCGCGCCGUACAGCUCCCAUGCCGCGGCCAGUUCCCUUAGCAACAACACGGACAGCAACAGCAGCGCUAGCAGCAGCUCUUCCAAUCCGGUACAGCACAAGUACCAGGCGCUCCUGGCCGACGGCACCCUAAAACCGGACGAGCAGCAGGCGGCGCUCGUACAGCGGUUGGGGCGGUUGUACGACGAGGUGGUUGACUACCGGCGGCGCAUGGACGGGCACGCGGCCGCCACCACAGAAUACCAGGCGCGGCGGCUGCAGCGGCUGCAGCAGCUGCUAGCGGCUGAGGAGGCGGAGGAGGCAACACAGGGGCGGGAGCGGCAGGCGCAGCCCGACCACCCGGAGCGCUGCCGCACCGCCGCCGCCAGCGGCGCCGCCACCGGGGCAGCCGCGGCAGCCGCGACGCCGUCGUCGUUGGCAACGUCGGCGGCGGCAGGAGGCGACUCAUCCAUUGUCGGCUGGCUAAAGGCGACAGUAGCCAGCUUUGUGCCCGGCAGUAGCACUGGCGCCAGUAGCAGUAGCAGUGGCAUUGGCAGCGGCAGUAGCAGCGGGGCGGCGGCGGCUUCGGCCCGGGAGCGGGCGAGGCGGGCGGCUGUAGCGCGGGAGGAGCGGCUGCAACGGGAGAUGGGGCCGCCGCCUGUGGCGCCCACACCGCCCCGAGGCCUGUAUGUGUGGGGCAGUGUGGGCAGCGGCAAAUCCAUGUUGGUGUCUCUCUUCUACCAGGCGCUGCAGGAGGGCGGCGGCCUGGGCGCGCUGCGGUGGAUGCACUUCAACGCCCUCAUGCUGGAGGUGCACGCGCGGCUGCACGCCCUGGACACAGCCAGGUGGAAGGCGGCGGCGGAGCGCGAUGCGGCGGCGGCGGCGCGGCUGGCGGCGGCGAACGAGCAAAGCGGCGCCUUGUCGGCGGCCGCAGCAUCUGCGGCAGUAGCAGCAGGAGAGAAGGGAGACGCAGGGGUUGGUAGCGAUGGCGGCGGCGGCGGCGGCGGCGGUGGCGGCGGCGUGCGGAGUCACCUGGCGGUGGCGGCGGCGGCGGCGCUGCGGGAGCGGGCGGCGGCGCUUGGUGACGAUGAGGACGAGGAGGAUUUGGAAGACGAAGGGGCGGAGGCGGAGGGGGCGGCUGUGGCGGCGGCUGUAGCGGCGGGGGAGGUGGGGGAGGUGCCGUUGACACGGCAGGGCGUGUUGCGGCAGUGGGAUCCAAGGCGGGAUCCCGAGGUUCGGCGGCAGCGGGAGGCGCGGGCGGCCAUGCUGGCGGUACGGCGACACAUGAGGCUGGCGCGGCUUGGCCGCAACGACCCGCGCAGUCUAGCCGCCGCCAAUGCACAACAGCUCACGCGAAUGGCGGCGGCGCUGAUCCGCGGCCGGGCCGGAGACCCGCUGAGCGGUUGGGCGGAGGCGGCGGCGGCGGAGGCGGCGGCGGCGCGCUCGGGUGGCGGCGGAGGCGGCGGCGGCGGAGGGGCGGCGGCGCCCAUUGCGUCGGCGCUGUUCUUUGAUGAGGUGCAGGUGACUGACGUGUUCAGCGCCGUGGCUCUCAAGGGUCUGGUGGAGGCGCUGACGGCGGCGGGCUGCGUGUUGGUGGGCAGCAGCAACAGGGCGCCGCAGCACCUGCCGAGGCACGGACUGCACGAGGCCAUGUGGGGACACUUCGUGGACACCCUGCAGCAGCGCUGUGAGGUGGUGGAGCUGUCCUCGCCCGCCGACUACCGCCGAGUGCUGCUGGAGCAGGGCCGCGCGGCCAUUGCGGCAGCAGCGGCAACAGCAGCGGGCCCGUCCUCCUCCUCUCCUGGUGAUGGCGUAAUCACAGCCGCUACAGCCGCUGCUGCUGCUGCUGCUGCUACUGCCGCCGCCAUCUGGCCGCCCGUGUGUCGGAGCUACCUGCACCCCGCCGGGCCCGGCGCUACAGCCGAGAUGGAGCGGCUGUGGAGCGCCUUUGCUGGUGCUACUGCCGCUCCUGCUGGUGCUACUGCCGCGGGUGCUACUGCCGCGGGUGCCGAGGCCGGGGGCAUGCUGGACAUCCCGGUCUUGUUCGGCCGGCGGCUGGGCGUGCGGCGCGCCAGCCCCUGCGGCGGCGGCGCCUGGUUCGACUUUGCCGAGCUGUGUGCGGCGCCGCUGGGCCCCGCGGACUACACGGCGGUGGCGGGGCGGUUCCACACGGUGUUCGUGGAGGGCGUGCCGGCCAUGAGCAUGCAGGUUCGCGACCAGGCGCGGCGCUUCAUCACGCUCAUUGACGAGCUGUACAACGCCAAGUGCGUGCUGGUGGCCAGCGCGCAGGUUCCUCCCGAGCAGCUGUUUGUGGGGGCGGAGGGCGAGGAACCCAUUCUGGAUGUGGAGGGGCUGCAGUUCGAGACGGCGGCGGAGGACGCACGGCUGCGGCGUGAUGUCAUGUCCGCCGGUGCGGUGGCGCCCGUGGCGGUGGGGCCGGCGGCGCUGGCGGCGGCGGCGGGCGUGCUGGGCGGCGCCGAGGAGCGGUUCGCCUUCCGCCGCGCCGUGUCGCGGCUGCUGGAGAUGCAGAGCCCCGCCUACAUCCGCGCGGCGGUGCGGCUGCGGCAGGGGGCGCAGGCGGCGCAGGCGGCACAGGGGGCGCUGGGGCAGCAGGGGCAGCAGGGGCAGGGAUUGGUAUGGCAGCAGGCGCAGCCAGGUGCGCAGGCGGCGCAGCGGCAGAAGCUUGCUACUUAAUGAGCACAAGGGAAGGAGCAUACAAAUGUCCUUUCCCGUUGCGAUCUACCGUAUUAAGACAAAGACCAUACGGGCGUUGCGGUGCGCUGUUCGGUGUGCGUGAAUGUGAGGGUGCAUGUGGGGGUGCGCGCUUGGGGAUGUGUGCAUCUAGACUUGCAGACAGGCUGUGUACAUGCCAGUGGGUGCUGAGAGGGGCUGGGAGCUCAAAGGGGCCAGAGCGUUGGGGCUGGCAAUUGCGGUGACAGCCGGAGGAUGGGUGUGAAGUGGGUGGAUGGGACCUGAACUUAUAUGCGGGCGUGUGGGAAAUGCGGUACACGGAAUGGGGAAUGCGGCCAACCCAAGUAGUAGCGGUAGCAUGCCAUGUACCUACGUGUGCUUUUAAAAGGGAGACAACAAGCGUGUGUGUGUGUGUGUGUGUGUUUAUGUGUGCCAGUCGAGUGCAUGCAUGCAAGAAUGCAUCAAGCGUGUGUGUGUUGGGGGGGGGGGUGUACAGAGCGUAUCAGGGGGCUGCAUAGACAUGAGGGACGGGGUUGGGCUGGCCGAGUGGCCGGGUGGGGCUGGGGCCGGAGCUGGGGGGGGGGCGUGGGAAAGAGGGCGGGCAGGGCUCCUAUCUUAAUGUCUCCAGACAUUAAUUGGCCAUUUUGGCCGUUUCCUAGACAUUCCUCCCGGGGGCUAAUGUCUGGGGCGAGACUUUGUUGGCCCGGGUUUGGGGCGGGUUUUGUCCCAAUUCCUAUGCAGAAGCCCCCAAACCGCCAUGUGCCCAGACAAAAGACGGCGGCCACCGGGCCGUUUUUGUCUGGAGCUAGACAUUACCCCAAAAACAAGAUACGACCCCUGAGGGCGGGUGAAUCAACGACAUGCACGGGGCGAGGGGAGGGGUGCCUAGUGCUUGCAGUGGGGGGAAUGUGGCAACCGCACACGGAACGUUUGUGGGAAUGCGGGUGUGGUAGCAGAUUGCUUCACUCGCGCAUUCGUAUAACCGCACAACACUGUGCACAGAGUCUGAACUACCGAACUUCAUGGUAAGCAAAGCCUGCCGUGUGCGCGCGUGCGGUAGUGACGGUGAUGGUAGCCGCGGUGGCGCCGUGGCGCCCGAUGUGGUGCCCGAUGCAAAGCCUGCCGGCAUAGUGGCAUGGUGGGCGGCGCGCGGCGGGCGGCGGACGAGUUGCGAACACGGUGGGGGUCGUGGCGGCUAGUGGCGGCUGGUGCAGCAGUGAUCCGCCGGUGGUGAAUGUUACUUUGGCGCCGGUAGUUGCGUUGCUUGCCGGUGGGAGAGCAUGGGAACGACGGAACAGGGGAUCGGGUUGAAGACAGGGGUGCGGGGCCCGACCGGAGAUGUCCAUGCGUGCUCCUGCUCGGCGUGCAGGCGUCUAUUGCGUGACAGUGUCGAGUGAGUGGAAAACUGGAAAU